GUUUGUCGACCUGGACACAAAAGACAUCACAUACUAUAAGUUCUGCUACUCAUUUGGCUGCAUAAGCAUGAUUCAUGGUGGUUCUGUGUAUAAUUUGUAUACAGAUGAGGAUGAAGAAGCUGAGCCUUCUCCUUCUGGUCAACAGAUCAUUGAAAAUUCAAUAACUAUGAAUAAGAUGAAGCUGCUGAAGGCCAAGAUGGAGAACAUGAAUCUUGGCAAAAAGCCUAAGAAAGUUGUCAAGAUAAAACCUCGUCCACCUAUAGCUCCUCGACCCUCUAGCAGUUCCACAGCAGCAGCUCGUCACAGGUUAUUAAGAGUCCUGCCCCACAUUGGGCAGUCUUGUGCACCUUCUCCUGGGAAUGCAUAUCUUCCCGAAACAUCCAGGAAUGCAGUUUCAAGUUUAGCAGCUCAGGGCCCUGUCAGUAGACCCAUGUCAUCUCUCACUAGUGAACUGCUUAAAGAUGAUCACUGGGAGAACAGCACACUGUCUCCUUCCGGCAGCAGCAUCAGACAGCUGCCUCAGAUGCCCCACAUGGAGCUGGAAAAUGACAGAGAGCUUGCUGAUUCUAUUCUCCAUCUUGGAUCGUCUCUGCCUAGGCGGACAAAACACUUUUCAGGGACCUUGUCACCUAAUAACGAGGAUGACUCUGUCUUAUUUCCAUCUUCUGAAGAAAGCGUACCUGAGGAAUCUCUCCUACCUGAAGUGGGUCCUUUUGCUGCAUUUGCAGAAGGAAAUGCUGAUGAGCAGCGGAAUGGCUCAGAAGGUGUAUGGAAGGUAAAUCCAGAGUCCCUACUCAAUAAUGGUGAUAGAGGGUUGAGAACGACAGAGCAGCAUCUGAAACAUGUUUCAAAAGUGUUGAAUGGUGAGUCCAUAGACACUACAGCUCUCAACCAUCGUGAAUCAAGUCCUCACAAGAACAGACUCCUGUCACCGCUUCGCUGUGCUGCACCAAUGUCACUACAUAAUUCCCUGGUGAAGCCACAAAGACAGUCCAAAGGUUUUGAGUCUGGAAACCUCCCAUCUUCUGCUUCACAAAACACUCUCCGAUCAUUGGAUGUUCGAACCAUAACUGAUUCUUCUUUCUCUAGGACUACUCGCCUGCGUGGUGUUAAAGUUGAUUCACCUGGGAAAAGACCUGAUGUUAUUUCCAAAGUUGAAGCUCGGGAUAUCACAGAAAUGGCUAACAAGGCUUCUAAAGAGCCUGUUGGUUGUGUAAAUAAUAUUGGUUUUUUUGCUUCACUCGCACGGAGCGCAAGCAGAGACAGUUUACAGAGCUCACGUGGGGCAGGCCGGCUUCGGCCGUCCGGAAUUGGGCUGUCUUCAAACCUCCAGCAUUUUCAGGAAGAAAACAUUAAGAAAAAUUCUCCCCAGUGUGAACCUACAGAAUUUUUUCUAUCUGCCCGUGGUAUUGGAAUGAAUGGAAAUAAUGCAGCAGCAGGGAAAAGAGUAGGAGAAUGUACCCAUCACCUUCCACCUGUGAAAGCACCUCUUCAAACAAAGAAGAAAACAACAAAGCAUUGUUUUCUUUGUGGAAAGAAAACAGGAUUGGCUACUAGCUACGAAUGCAGAUGUGGAAACAACUUCUGUGCAUCUCAUCGCUAUGCAGAAACUCAUGGCUGCACCUAUGAUUACAAGAGUGCAGGGAGGAGAUACUUGCAGGAGGCAAAUCCUGUGGUUAAUGCACCAAAACUUCCAAAAAUCUAACUGUUCCUCUGCACCUUACUGUUCUGCCCGAGGAAUCGCAUUAUAUUGACAGAAGAAAUAUUGGUUAGACUGCAUUAUUUUUGUUCGGCUCCAAACGAUUUGCCAAAUAACAAGAGUAUACAAUGCAUAGUGUUAAAGAAUGAGAAUGCUACUGUAUUUGCUGUCUAUAUUCUUUGGUGAAUCAAAAGUUUUUAAAGUAGUUUUAAAAACUUUCCACUGUAAUGCUGUAGCUUUGUUCUUGCAUGUCUGUGUUGUGUUUUAUAUUUGAUAUUGAAAUUUUAAUAGACAAAUCUUCAAAAGAUGCACUUUAGGAAGUUAAUAUUGACUGUGUAAUGUACAGAAGCAAGUGGUCGUGUAAUGGCUUUACUUAAA